AUGGACAUUGAUUCAACUAAUCCUUCAUUGAAUAGGAGUGAGGAAGUUGAAGACGCGGAAAACAAUCCGUCAUUAAAUGACAUUGGUGAAGUUGAAGAACCUAUAAAGGGCAUGUGUUUUAGCUCAAAGCAAGAAGUAUAUUCGUUUUAUGCAAAAUAUGUGAAACUCGGAUUUGCUGUAGCAUAUAGAACACAGAAUAUUGGACAAGAUGGGGAAGUAAAAUACUUUGGAGUUGAAUGUACUCGGGCACGCAAGAGAACAAAACGAUCAGAAAUACACCCUCUCGAGCCAUCUUUGUUAUCAUUCAUUGACUGUAAAGCAAAGGUUAGAGCAACUCUACAAAAGGAUGGAAGAUUUAAGUUGACCACAGUUGUCCUUGAACAUACGCAUGACUUGAUUCCUAGUGACUCACGACAUUUUGUAAUGAAUAAGAGAAUUCUUACCCCUGUGAAGAGAAGACUAGAAAUUAACGAUGAAGCAGGAAUAGGGGUGGCUAGGAAUUUUCAUUCUAUAGUUGUUGAAGCAGGGGGGUAUGAGGCAUUAACAUUUGAUAAACAAGAUGCUAGGAAUCAUAUUCAGAGAGUUAAUCACCAUGGGCAGUCAAUUUUGCUUGGUUGUGGGCUAGUAUCUAAUGAGAACACUGAAACAUUUGUCUGGCUCUUCAAAGAAUGGUUAAGUUGUAUGUCUGAUGUUCCUCCAAAAGCUAUAAUAACAAACCAGUGCAGAGCUAUGCAAAAUGCCAUUGAAGUUGUCUUUCCAGAAGCUCGACAUCGGUGGUGCUUAUGGCAUAUCAUGAAGAAAAUUCCUGAAAAAUUAAGAGGAUAUACCCAAUAUGAAUCCAUCAAGCUUGCUUUGCAAAAUGCAGUUUAUGAUUGUUUUACAAAACAUGAAUUUGAUGAAGAAUGGGAAGCGAUGAUUGGUAAGUUCAACCUAGAUGAUAAUGACUGGUUGGGGGUAUUAUAUAGUGAGCGACACAAGUGGAUUCCUGCGUAUGUGAAGGAUGUUUUUUGGGUUGGCAUGUCGACUACACAACGAAGUGAGAGCAUGAACGCAUUUUUUGAUGGAUAUGUGAACUCAAAGACAACUUUAAAGCAAUUUGUUGAACAAUAUGAUAAUGCCUUGAGAAGUAAGGUUGAGAAAGAGAUGAAAGCAGACUUCAAAUCUCGAAACAAAUUGUAUGAUUGCUUAACGAUAUAUGAGUUUGAAAAGUAA